GAUCUUGAACUUCAGACACGAAUGAGCCUCCAGUGCGGCACUAUGGAGAAAGAGGGUUUUCUCUUCCUGCACAGGACCAAGGACAAGUGUAUGCCAAUGACUUCUCCCUUUAAGAAGUACUAUGUGACGCUCAGUAAGGACACGCUGUCUUAUUCCAGGACUCUGCACUCUAAGAAGAGCUCAUCUAUUUCCCUGCCAAAGAUCCGUGCGGUAGAGAAGGUGGAGGAGAAGUGUUUCGGCAGUGCCAACGUCAUGCAGAUCAUCUCCAGUGAAGACUCAGGCCAGCAGGAGACCCUAUACCUCGACUGCAAAAGUGUAAAUGAGUUGAAUCACUGGCUGUCGGCUCUCAGAAAAGCCUGCAGUCACAACACAAACACUAUGAGCUGCUUUCAUCCCGGCAUCUACAAAGCAGACAGAUGGAGCUGCUGCCAUCAGAAGGAGAAAUCAGACCCCGGCUGUGAUAAAACCCGACAUGGAGUGACUCUGCAGGAAUGGUACGACCCACUGGACCCAGAUCUGGAGGCUCAGCUCAUCUAUCAGCAUCUCAGCAGCGUCCAGCAUGCCAUGCGAGAUAAGUAUUAUAAGUUGCGAGAGCAGCAAGGAAUUCAGGAGGCAGAUUCAGGAAGAGACCAGAAGAAAUCUGACGGAGUUUCACAACUCUUCGACAUUCUCCAAGACCUUCACGAAGCUCAUACUGCGGUGGAGGAAGAGGAAAGAUCGAAGAAUAAAAACGUUUUUCUGGAACUACAAACGUAA